CCUCCCUCUCUCCUUUUUCUGCUUAAAUCAAGAGGGAAAGAAGAGAGAGAGAUGGCAAUUACAAACUUCAAUUGCUGCCUCAAUCCGCCGCCGCCAACUCAAACCCUUGGCUCAAGCCCUUCUUUGCCUUCAAAACCAAAUCAAGUACUUGCAUCGAACACAAAUGAUGGAUCAUGGACAAAACGAUGUGUGUUAGGCAUGACAGCCGGCAUCAUGAUUGGGUUGGAAAUGGGCAGCUUGGAUGCCAUUGCCAAAGGCAUGCCCUUGCCAUUGGUGACAGAAUCAAGUGAUCAGAGGGUUACAAAAUGGAGUGAGAAAAGAAUGUGCCCGCCGUGGAUCCCCAAUUCUCUGGAGACCAUUGUGCCUGAGAACCUUCCGAGGCCCUCGGCUCAGAGGAGAUCGGAAGUCGUUGGGUUUUCGAAGGAUGCUCCGGCAGUUAAAACGGUUGUUGUUAGAAGAAGUGGUGGUUGCUUUGCCAUGUAAAUUACCCUGUGCUGCAGUUCCAUAUGUAUAUGCACCAUAAUGUAUAGCCAAAUACAGAAUCAAUGAAGGUUACCAAUGAAUUACUUGGCAUUUCCUUCAUUUUUGGAA